GGCGAGCUAAUAAAUCGCGUCGCUCCCGGCAUCGCAUCCCCCAUUCCCCACGGCAAUUUCAAGCCGCCGCCGCCGCCGCCCCCGCUCCCCACUUCCGUCUACUCACCAAAAAAUCGCGGAAUCCUUCGCAGCAUCGGAGCGAAGAAAAAAAGGGAAGGAGGAAAGAAGAAAAGGGCGGGGAGAUGGGGCGGAGGAUACUGAACGAUGCGCUUCGGACCAUCGUGAACGCGGAGAGGAGGGGGAAGGCCACCGCCAACCUCCAACCCAUCUCCACCGUCAUGACUUCCUUCCUCAAAAUCAUGAAAUAUCGAGGAUAUAUCAAAGAUUUUCAGGUAUUUGAUCCACAUAGAGUGGGAAGAGUCAAUGUAGAGUUGCAAGGCAGGGUAACUGAUUGUCGAGCACUUACCUAUAGGCAAGACAUCAAGGCUAAGGACAUAGAAGAAUACCGAUUGCGCAUACUUCCAACACGCCAGUGGGGAUAUGUCGUGAUCACAACCCCAAAUGGUGUUUUGGAUCAUGAGGAAGCUAUCAGACAGAAUGUAGGUGGUCAAGUUCUUGGUUAUUUUCAUUGACAUCUCGUUAUUUGUGUUUCCAUGCCUAUAAAGGCAUUUGGAAUCAGAAACUCAACAUUUAUCACCAUCUACUACAGCAAAUGCUCUCUCUUUCUGUUAGUUAUGAUGUAACGGUUAUCUUUUUCCUUUUUAUGCAUGGAUUUCUUUCCGUUGGUGGAAA